AUGUCCGGAAGAAACAAUUCAUACAAUGAUCAAUACACAUAUGAUUCCAAGCUUUAUGCAUCAGUAACACCGGCAACGGAUAAUUCUCUACAGCAACCAAUUCACCAAUCUCACCAAUAUCAACAUUAUAAUAAUAAUAUUGAUAGUAAAUACACAAAUUAUCCAACAUCAACAAAUAAAACCUAUCAACAAAACAGUUAUAAUUAUUCUUCUCCUCCAUCUUUUAACAAUUACUAUUAUCAUCAACCACCUACAGGUCCAGCAUCAACGUCAAAAAUUAAACUAAGUAAUAGUGUUGGUGGAAUGGGGAAAAAUAAUUUUAAUCAAAAACAUAAUAGUUCAAUGAAAGAUGAAACCAUUGAUUUUAAACAAAAAACAAUAGUUAGAGCAGCAGGAGGAGAAGUUUGGGAGGAUUCUACAUUGUUAGAAUGGGAUUCUAAUGAUUUUAGAUUAUUUUGCGGAGAUCUUGGUAAUGAGGUAACAGAUGAUAUGCUUUACAAAGCAUUCAGUAAAUAUUUAUCAAUCCAAAAAACCAAAGUGAUUCGAGACAAAAGAACGGGUAAGAGCAAAGGAUACGGAUUUGUUAGUUUUAAAGAUGCGGAUGAAUUUGUCAAAGCAUGGAAAGAAAUGAAUGGUAAAUAUGUUGGAAACAGACCAAUUAAAUUGAGAAAAAGUAAUUGGAAAGAUAGAAAUUUUGAUGCCAAAUCAAAGAAACAUCAUCCUUAUUAA